UCUUCUCCGCCGCGUGAUUCUGUAGCCGCGGUGGCUGCUGCUGCGAUCGAGAAUCUAGUCCCAUCGCUUUAUGAAUUUUAUUUUUUCCCUGAGUUGUUGGAGCAUUGCCACCUGACUAGGAGGGGCUAGUCAUGACGGGCGAGAGGAAUUUGGGAGAGAGGACUAAAUUGAGGGUCUUGUGCUUGCACGGGUUCAGGACGAGCGGAAGCAUCCUUGAGAAGCAGCUCAGCAAAUGGAGCAGCUCAAUUCACGAGCUCUUGGAUCUGACUUUUCUGGAUGCUCCGUAUCCAGCGAAGGGGAAGUCGGAUGUGGAGGGAUUUUUCCCACCGCCGUACUAUGAGUGGUUUCAGUACAAUCAUGAUUUCACCGAGUACACGGGAUUCGACGAGACAGUCCAGUUCAUCGCAAACUUCAUGGAAAACAAUGGUCCUUUCGAUGGACUUCUCGGUUUUUCUCAGGGCUCAAUCUUGUCUUCCGCACUUGUCGGGAUGCAAGAAAAGGGUAAAGCGCUGACUGGAAUUCCUCCCGUGAAAUUCGUGAUAUCGGUGUCGGGUGCAAAGCUCAUUGCAUCGAAAUUCGCGUUUGUCUACUCCGAUGGCAUCCGGCGUCCCUCCGUUCACGUCUUAGGUGACAAGGACUGGCUUAGAACACCAGGCGAGGAGUUGCUCAAAGCCUAUGAAUCACCACUCGUCAUCAGACAUCCCAAAGGCCACACGGUUCCAAGACUCGACGAGAGAUCGACCAUGGUCAUGCGAGACUUCCUCCUCCAGCAGCUGACGUUCCAAAAAUCGACACUGGUCAAGCAGAUUGCGAUAGACGAGGACUCCAGGGAAAUAGCAGUGGAAGCGUAAGCUCCCAUUUUAUACGAAUAAACUUUUGGAAGUUCCUCUUGCAUGGGGAAUAUCUCAGAAUCUUCAUGUCAGCUUUAUAAAUUUUGUUGCUCGUU